AUGGAGCUGAGGUCGCGGCGCCGCAGGAUGUCAGAAUGCCCAACAGAGCAGUGUCCCCCAGCGCUGCCGGAGGAGCAGGCAAGACCCUCCUGUGCUCCUCCCAAGCGCAAAAGGAGAUGUCCCAGUCUCCAAGGAGAGAGGUGCCUCUGUCCCCCGGCAGUGUGCGGGCUGUGCCGGCAGGACAACUGUGAUGCCGACAUGGUUGGCCAGCUGUGCCAAAAGGGUGGGCUCUGCGUCCACGAGAACUGCCUGUACCACGCCAGCGGGCUGAUGCAGAGAGGGGCCAACAAAGAGGGUUUCUACGGCUUCCUCUUCCCUGAUAUCCGCCAGGAGCUGAAGCGGGUGGCACAGAAAGUGAGGCCUUGUCCCCAUGUGUCCCCACCGUGUCCCCACGCCCCGUGCCUGGCACUGCACACGCCAGCAGCCACCCACCCAGCCCCCAGCGCUGCUCUGGCAGCCGGCUGCAAGCAACCCCCAAGUCAGAUACCCCAUGACACGUGCCACAUCUGCCAGCUGCCGGGCGCCUCGGUCACCUGCCGGGCCGGCGCUGCCGGGCCCCGGCGCUGCCGCCGCAUCUUCCACUUCCCCUGCGGCAGCAAGCGGGGCUGCGUCUCCCAGUUGUUCGGGGAGUUCAAGUCUUUUUGCUGGAAGCACCGGCCGGUGCAGCGGGUGCGGGCGGUGCAGCAGGACCAGACCCUCUGCCUCAUCUGCCAGGAGGGGGUGGCGGAGCGGCCCUGCUACGACACCCUGGUGUGUCCCGCCUGCACCAGCGCCUGGUUCCACCGUAGCUGCAUCCAGGGACAGGCGCUGCGCUCCGGCCUUCACCACUUUUGCUGCCCACUUUGCAGCAGCAGGGAGCAAUUCCUGGCAGAGAUGUUUCACCUGGGCAUCCGGAUCCCUGACAGGGAUGCUGCCUGGGAGGAGGAGGAUGGGGCCUUUGCAGGCCAUUACUUGCGGCACAGCUCCUGUGAUGCCAACCAGUGCCUGUGCCCAGAGGGACGCGAGCAUGUGGAGGUGAAUGGGCCCUGGAGACUUCUACUCUGCACAUCCUGUGCCUCACAAGGGACCCACCAGCUCUGCUCUGCCCUGGGGGAAGAUGAUGCCGUCUCCUGGGACUGCAGCGACUGCAGAGGCAUGGACACUGGAGAGGGGUGCAGCGGGGCGACAGAGUCCCCAGUGUCACCUGCCACCACAGCCACGCAGGACGUGGGGACAUGGACAGGGCUGUGAUCCGGGGAGAGAGGGAGGGAGGAAGAGUGAGGUGGGCUUGCACAAGGUGCUCAUCAUCUCCCUCCCUUGACACCGGACCAGACUCCAGCCCCUCCAGUGCAGGGAACCUUGCGCAGCGCCCUGCAUCCCGACACUUCACCUGAGGUUGACUAGUCCAGGGCCCUCAAAAAAGACUUCCCAACACUCAACAGAUGCCAUCGGUGCAUACGUACAGUCAGUCAGCCCUGCCCACAGCCACCAGGGUCCCCGCUGACAGGGAUGGGUCACCCCGCCUGCCCUGGCAGCUCCCGUGGAGCGAUGGCACCCCCAGCCCCACCUACACCUCCAGCAGCAGCUGCACCCAGCCAGGGGUGAUGUGAGCACCCACCGCUGCUGGGGGCUCGGGCUGCGGUGGCUGGGGCUGUGCCCUGAGGGUGGCCGGGAGGGGGUCGGGGACACAGGCUCCCAGCAGCCUGGUCACCAAGAAGAAGAAGGAGCUGUGCGCGGAUACCCGGGAGCCCUGCGUGGAGGCACAUGCGAAGCACUUCCAGCCCCAGAAGAAGUGACCCUUCCCCGCUGCCAACCGCGAUGGCCCCGCUGCUUCCCCCGGCGCGCUUGGCUCCCGGCCCCGGGCAUGCAAGACAGGACUUCAGCUGCAGCCUUCUCCAGCAGGAAAAUCUGUUAAGUUAAACUGUAUCUGUCUUACUAGGUAAAGUGAUUAAAAAAUACUUUCAAUUCUAUCAAAA